UUUGACAUUUGGGCUCUGUUUGACCCUUGAAUCAGGUAUAGCUGUUUGACUGACUCACCGGGUAAUUUUGCCACUCCAAAAUCUCAUCGAUCUCUUUCAGACCGAUGAAAUAAUUAUACCUUUGUAUUAGAGUUGGGAUGUUAGCAAACUAAGCGGGGUUAUUAUUUAGGAUCACUGGUAUAUUGACAUGGUAAAUGGGCUAAUAGUUCAAGGCCUUUCUCAGAUGAGAACUCAUCCCAGUCCAUAUGGCUAUAACAGAAAAUCCAUAAAACAAAAUCCUCAUCCCGCCCAAUGUUAACGAACUUUUGAGAAUGGCGUUAGCUUUGAGUUCAAGUCUCCAAAGCCCCUUCACAUUAAGACAAUCCCAGUUCAAAAAUGAGCCAAAAAGGGACUUUAGUUCAAUCAUUAAACAACAAAUUAAGCUUAAAAAUGACCAUGCAAUUCUCUCAACAUAUGCUCAAAUGGAAUCUCUCAACAUACUCCCCAAUACCUCCACUUUGCCGCUUAUUAUCAAGGCAUGUACGCGCCUAAACGCCGUGGAGAGAGGCAAGAGAUUGCAUGAUUCUAUCCGGGGUACAAAUUUGAUAGGAGAUGUGCGCGUUGGAACAGCCCUCAUUGAUUUUUACGGCAAAAUGGGUCUUUUAGAGGAUGCUUGGAAUGUGUUUGAAGAAAUACGUGAGAGAGAUUUGGUUUCAUGGAAUGCAAUGGUAAAUGGGUGUGUGGAGUGUGGGUGUCAUGAGGAAGCGAUUUCAUUGGUUGUUCAGAUGCAAACAGAGGGUUUGAGGCCUAAUUCACGCACUGUGGUAGCUUUGCUUUUGGCGUGUGAGGAGGUGUUUUAUUUGAGGUUAGGGAAGGCAGUUCAUGGUUUUUGUUUGAGGACUGGACUUUUUGAAGCUGAUCCUCAUGUGGGUACUGCUUUAAUGGGAUUUUAUUUAGGUCUUGAUGUGAGGGUUUCACGACUUGUGUUUGAUUUGAUGGAUGUUAAGAAUGUUGUUAGCUGGAAUGCGAUGAUCAAGGGCUAUCUUGAUAACGGGGAUUGCUUUAAGGCUUUGAAGCUUUUUGAAAGGAUGGUCAUGAAUGGGGUUGGGUUUGAUUCCAUUACAAUAUUGGUUGUUAUUCAAGCUUGUGCAGAAAUUCAAUCUCUAGAAUUGGGCAUGCAAGUCCAUGCUAUGGCUAUUAAGAUUGGGUUUAGAAAUGAUUUGUUCAUUGUGAAUGCAUUGCUUAAUAUGUAUAGUGAGAUUGGAAUUUUGGACCUUUCAUGUGAAGUAUUUAAUUCUGUUCCUUCCCCUGAUGUUGCUUUGUGGAAUUCUAUGAUAUUCACAUACUGUGAGUAUGAGUGUUACAAGGAAGCUAUUAGUUUCUUUAUUAGAAUGCGAAAAGAAGGCCUCAGAAUAGAUGGAAGAACCAUCAAUAUCAUGCUUGCAUUAUGUGCAGAGUUGGAUGGUUGUUUGAAAGGGGGUAAAAGUUUACAUGCUCUCGCAAUCAAGAGUGGAAUGAGGUUAGACACUUCUUUGGGAAAUGCGUUGCUUAGUAUGUAUGAUGAGCAAAAUUGUGUUGAAUCAGUCAAGAAGGUUUACCACACGAUGACUAAUGUAGAUGUAGUCUCAUAUAAUAUUUUGAUUUUUGCAUUGGCCCGUAACAAUUUAGGAGAUGAAGCAUGGGAACUCUUUGGGGCAAUGCGAGAGAGUGAAAUCAAACCUAACUCUUACACGGUAGUAUCUAUCCUUGCCUCUUGUGAAAAUGAAACUUAUCUUAAUGUUGGGAGAUCACUCCAUGCUUUUGUGAUAAAACAUGCUAUUGAAAUAAACCAGUCAUUGAAUACUACACUCACUGAUAUGUAUAUGGAUUGUGGAGAUGAAGCAACAGCAAAGAAUCUAUUUGAUGGAUUUCCGGAUAGGGAUAUAAUUGCAUGGAAUGCUUUGAUUGCAGGUUAUAUUAGAAAUAAUGAUGCUAACAAAGCUGUCUUACUCUUUAAUCAAAUGAUUUCUGAAGUGGAACCGAACUCAGUCACAAUCAUAAAUGUUCUCUCAUCCUGUACCCAUCUUGCCAAUUUACCUCAAGGUCAAUGCUUGCAUGCAUAUGUAAAGCGGCGAGAGUCAUUUCUAGGUUUUGAUUUGUCUCUUGCAAAUGCUCUUUUAACAAUGUAUGCUAGAUGUGGUAGUCUGAAAGAUGCUGAAAAGAUCUUUAAAACCCUACCAAGGAGAAAUAUCAUUUCAUGGAAUGCCAUCAUAACUGGCUAUGGUAUGCAUGGUUGUGGAUAUGAUGCUAUUCUUUCCUUCCUACAAAUGUUAGAAGAUGGUUUCCAACCAAAUGGAGUAACAUUCAUAUCUCUUUUGUCUGCUUGUAGCCAUUCUGGUUUGAUUGAGCAAGGGUUAGAGAUUUUUCACUCCAUGGUUCAGGAUUUCAACAUCACCCCUGAGCUUGCUCACUAUGGUUGUGUUGUUGACCUGCUUGGUCGUGGGGGCUGCUUAGAUGAAGCUAAAGAAUUCAUCAAAAUGAUGCCCAUUGAACCAGAUGCAUCGGUAUGGAGAGCUCUACUUAGUGCUAGUCGGCUUCAUAUUGACACCAAAGAAGCAAGAUCCAUUUUUGAAAAACUUGUCAAAUUAGAACCAACAAAUGCAGGGAACUAUGUCUUAACAUCCAAUGUUUAUGCUGCAGCUGGCCUUUGGUCAGAAGUCAGACAGAUAAGAACUAGUCUCAGGGAGAAGGGUCUUAAAAAGCCUCCGGGAAUUAGUUGGCUUGCCGAUAGAAAUCAGAUUCACUCCUUUACUGCUGGAAGUAGAUCACAUCGAAUGUCUGACAAUAUCUAUGAAACUUUGAGUUCAUUGUUAUCCUCGAUUAAAGAAGUCGGAUAUGUGGCUGAUUUUUUCUCUGGAUUGCAUGAUGAGGAGGAUUAGCUUUUCAUUCUGCAGCAAUUCAGCUCUUUUGAGCUCCUUUUUGGAGAUUAGACUGAACACUACCGUGGUUGGGAUCAUGAUCUUUCAGAAUGUGAGGUUUUGCUUUGAUUGUUCUCAACUAAGCUACCUUGCCAUUUUCAAUCACUGGGAAAACAAUUCCUGGGGAUGUUUCCUUUUCAUUAAUCAAUAAACAGUUUCCCCAGAUCAAUACUGUUAAAAAUUUUCUGACUUUGGAUUUCUAAUAUUUGUGGGUUGCUGAAAUAUGCGGGAAAACAAUGCAAGAGUGGAAGUUCAGACGUGUUCAGACAAAGCUUCAACGUGGAACAUGAGGGAAGAAGUGUCAACCGCUGAGUCUAGGACUUGCAACAACAGAACACUAUUACAAUAAUCAUAUUUUCGACAUCUAUCGAAUACUUCGCAAAAGUUUAGUGAAACUAUACUGCAUUUUACAUAUGUAUCCUGUUUUGUCACAGAUACAACAGGAACUAGAUGAAUGUUUUUGGAUCCAAAAUAACCAUCACAACUCUAAGCUGUAUGAAGACAUGAAGAUGGGACACUUUUCUUCCAAUUACUCAGAUAAUACAGAAUCCAAGACUAGACGAAGACCGUGAUGAGAAAUCUGCCCCCAGAAAGAAAUUGAUAUAGACACUAACGAUUGUGAUACAAUUAGAGCAGUCGGAGGUAAAUUUCCAGCUUUAGUUUAGCGUAAUCAUGUAACUACUGCAAAAGAUGAAAACUCGGUACAUAAUUUAGUCAAUUUACUUGAGCCUUUACUAAA